GGCUGUGGCGCAGGCGCGCUGAGGCGGCAGCUCAGGAAGAGGAAAAUGGCAUAAACAACCCCGCCGCCGCCGCCGCUGCUGCCGCCACAGGGACCAUUCGAGGCCCAGCUGCGUUUCCCCCUCAGCGACAUCCGUCGGGCCUUUCUCCGCGUGAGCGAAGCCCUCCCCUUGAGCUGCCCGGCCUUGGGCCUUGACAGUGGCGGCGGAGGAGGCGGCGGCAGCGGCCUUCCCUCCUCCUCCUCUUUCCCUCAUGGUUCCUCGUCCGGCCACGGCGGGGCCUCCUGAGGCGGCCCGGCUGUUCAUGGCGCUGUAGCGUCGGCGCCAUGAACAGCGCGGGGCUGCCCUGCUCCUCCCCGGCGGCGGCGGCGGCGGCGGCGGGCGGGCCUGCUCUGGCUCCGGGCCCGGGCCUAGGCCUCCCCGCAGUGGCAGCGGGCGCGGGAGGCCUCCCCGGCGGCCUGAAGCUCAAGUUCUGCCGCUACUACGCCAAGGACAAGACGUGCUUCUACGGCGAGGAGUGCCAGUUCCUGCACGAGGAGCCCGGCGGCGCCGCCUCAGCCGCCUGCCCGGGCCCGCCCCCGCCGCCUCUCCCGCCCGCCGUGGCGCUGGGGGGGCUCCCGCUCGGGCUGGGGCCGGGACCCGUGGCCGCCUCGCCGGGACACAGCGGGGGUUACCCGGGCCCGCACGGGGCCUCGCUGGCGGCAGGCCCCAAGAAGGGCCCCGACUUGGCCGCAGCAGGAGCAGCAGGAAGCGGCGCCGGAGGAGGAGCGGGCAUGGACGGACCUCGGCUGGCCAUUCCCGGCAUAGAUGGAGGUGCCCUGGGUGAACCUAGUCUUACAGACUCCUACUUCAGCACAAGCUUCAUUGGAGUUAAUGGGUUUGGAAGUCCUGCUGAAGCAAAGUAUCCUAUGAUGCAGAGGAUGACUAAUAGCAGCAGCUCCCCUAGCCUUCUCAACGACAGUGCCAAGCCGUACGCAGGCCAUGAUCAUCUUACUUCACCUGGUUCAUCCUUGUUUAAUGAUUUUGCUGCCCUCAGCUUAUCUCAAAGGAGAAAACCAAGAAAGUAUCGUCUGGGGAUGCUGGAGGAGAGGAUAGUUCCGGUGGGAUCAAAGGCUCGAAAAUCAAAGAACACUAUUGGCUGCUUGGCUGACAGGUGUAAAACAGGAGUACCCAUCAAUAUGGUUUGGUGGAACAGAGUCACAGAAAACAAUUUACAGACACCAAAUCCCACUGCAAACGAAUUUAUUCCUAAAGGAGGAUCAACCUCCCGACUCAGUAAUAUGUCGCAGUCAAAUAUAUCUGCCUUUUCUCAAGCCUUGUUCUCUCAUCCUUCCAUGGGAGGUCCUGCAAAUGCUGGACUAGCUCCAGGAAUGUCACUGUCAGCAGGAUCCUCUCCCCUUCAUUCCCCUAAAAUUACUCCUCACACGUCUCCUGCUCCUAGACGAAGAAGUCAUACACCAAACCCAGCAAAUUAUAUGGUGCCUACUAGUGCCUCUACGCCAGUUACUAAUGCUGUCUCCCAGCCCUCUGCUGCUGGCCAAGUGAUUCAGAAGGAAACGGUGGGUGGCACAACCUAUUUCUACACUGACACAACUCCAGCACCUCUAACUGGAAUGGUAUUCCCAAGUUAUCACAUUUAUCCUCCAACUGCACCUCAUGUUGCUUACAUGCAGCCAAAAGCUAAUGCACCUUCCUUCUUCAUGGCAGAUGAACUCAGACAAGAGCUGAUCAACAGACAUUUAAUUACAAUGGCUCAGAUAGAUCAAGCAGAUAUGCCUGCUGUCCCAACAGAAGUUGACAGCUACCACAGCCUUUUCCCUUUAGAACCACUGCCACCACCCAAUCGGAUACAGAAAACAAGCAACUUUGGGUAUAUAACAUCAUGCUACAAAGCUGUAAAUAGCAAAGAUGAUCUGCCAUAUUGCCUUCGGAGGAUACAUGGUUUUCGUCUUGUUAACACAAAGUGCAUGGUGUUGGUUGAUAUGUGGAAAAAAAUCCAACACUCAAAUAUUGUAACAUUGCGGGAAGUAUUCACCACUAAAGCAUUUGGAGAGCAUUCUCUUGUGUUUGCAUACGACUUCCAUGCUGGAGGAGAGACUAUGAUGAGCAGACACUUCAAUGAUCCUAGUGCUGAUGCCUAUUUCACGAAAAGGAAGUGGGGUCAGCAUGAUGGACCUCUGCCACGGCAACAUGCUGGGUUGUUGCCAGAGUCUCUGAUCUGGGCCUACAUUGUGCAGCUCAGCUCUGCAUUGCGGACCAUUCAUACAGCAGGAUUGGCAUGUCGGGUGAUGGACCCCACAAAGAUUCUGGUAACUGGCAAAACAAGAUUGCGGGUGAACUGUGUUGGAGUCUUUGACGUGUUAACAUUUGAUAACAGCCAAACCAAUCCCCUGGCCCUAAUGGCUCAGUAUCAGCAAGCAGAUUUGAUCUCCCUGGGGAAGGUUGUGUUGGCCUUGGCUUGCAAUUCUUUAGCAGGAAUUCAGAGAGAAAAUUUGCAGAAAGCGAUGGAACUGGUGACAAUCAACUAUUCCUCUGAUUUGAAGAAUCUUAUUUUAUAUUUGCUGACUGACCAAAACAGGCUUCGAAGUGUAAAUGAUAUCAUGCCUAUGAUUGGUGCAAGAUUCUAUACUCAGUUGGAUGCUGCCCAAAUGAGGAAUGAUGUAAUAGAAGAAGAUCUUGCAAAGGAGGUUCAGAAUGGAAGAUUAUUUCGACUUCUUGCAAAACUGGGAACAAUCAAUGAGAGGCCAGAAUUUCAGAAGGACCCAACAUGGUCAGAAACUGGAGACCGAUACCUCCUGAAGCUCUUUAGGGAUCAUCUAUUCCAUCAGGUGACUGAAGCGGGUACUCCAUGGAUAGACCUCAGUCACAUUAUCUCUUGUCUUAACAAGCUAGAUGCUGGUGUGCCAGAAAAAAUAAGCCUCAUUUCCAGAGACGAGAAGAGUGUACUUGUGGUAACGUAUAGCGACCUAAAACGCUGCUUUGAAAACACUUUUCAAGAACUGGUUGCAGCUGCAAACGGUCAGUUGUAGUACUUGCUGAAAGCAUGCCGGACAUUGCUGAGGAAAGGAACCAGUAGCAAAUUGCACUACAACUGAUUGUCAUCAUCUCAUUUCACACUUUGGGAAACAAAACAGCAGGAGAUGUGCUGCACUUCGGUCAGGUACACUGUUACUUGAAGGGAAGAAUGAUUUUGCUUACCCUUGAGCUCUGGCUGCCAUUGGAGGCUUUAUCUGUGAAAAAUUUAUUUUAAAAAAAGGAACACAUCAGGGGCGUGAUGUUCCUGCUUUUAUUUUUUCCACUCGUAUAUGCACUAAUUUUAAUUUUUUAAGAAGACUUUCUGAUCUCUGAAGUUUUGCCACAUUGGAUACUUACUAAGGGAAUCUCUUUGCAAAGACAUUUCUGGGAUAAACUCUUUUUCUUUUGCUUUCUUUUCUCCCUCCCCCUUAUUUUUUUUACCACCAAGGGUUUUAUUCAUUUUGAUAUUAUUUGCACCCCAGAAUGCUAUAAAGGACCAGGUGAAUAAUUUCCUAAAAAUUGUGUUCUGUAAAUUAAAAUGUAGCUUGUAACCUCUGUAAAACUGUGUCAUAUGCCACCCACUGUUAGGUUAACUAAUCAAACCAGAAGAUGCGUAUUUAAAAAUGAAGAAAAAAAUCAAGUAAGAUAUUGUAGAGAUGUCACAUGUAAAAAAAUCCCCCUUUAUUUGGUCGAAGCACCAUUUGAGAUCUGUAACUUCAAGAGCAUACCCAAAUUCUCUAAACACAACCAGCGCCUUUUAAAUAAAAUACCUGUUUGUAUAUUUUCCUGCUAAUCGAUGCAUUUACAUUUAUGCAAUUUUUAAUAGAAUUUUUUAAAGAGAAAUUGUGUUACAGGUCUGAUGUUUCAGGAGUGUAUUCUUUUAAGUUACUUAUAGUAUCCUUUUCGUUUUUGUAUAAAGUUCUGUUCUUGGAACCACAGCUUUAUUAUGGUACUUUACACUGGAUACAGAUACAGAGACACUGUCCAGAAGAUUAAGACACAGCAGUUGUCUGGCAUCAAGAGCUUUUUGAAGUUUUAUAGCCUGAUUCUGGAGGAAUUGAUGGUAUGCUGUGCCUUUGCAGUCACUGCUUUGCCCAAAGUAAUAUUACUUUUGAUAAUACCCAACGCAUGAAUAUUCAGUCUUCAAGUCUGGAUUUUUAUUUUAUUUUAUCUUCUUAUUUUGCUUUUUGCCCGCAACUAGUUUUCUGAUACUGGACCCGCUGUUGUCUGCAAGCUUUGGGUAUUCAAGGGAAUUUGUAGUAGAACACCUCCACUUUGAUACUGAAGACUGCCAAAUAAGUAGGACUGUUUAUUUCUUUGUUCUUUCUUAACAAACAGUAGUGAAGAUUGUGUAAACCUGCAUCUUUUUCCAGCACUGAAUGUUUAAAAGCACUGGGUGCUCGCUAUGAAGCAAACAUGUGGAAACUCUCUUCAAAAGGUGUCGGACUGGCUCAAAGCACUUGCAACUGAUGUUACUGGCAUCGAUUUUAUUAAUUCUGGAUAUUUGUAAAUUCAGAUAAAUUUUUAAUAAUUAUCUCCAGUUUUAUAAGCUUUAAAGACGACACUCCUACUUUGGAUUUGCCUCAAGAAAAGCAGAGCUCUUCAAGGCUUUGAAAGUCUAGGGACACCGUUCAGGAGAUGUGGCAGAGCAUCAGUUGAGGAGCUUAAAGAAAUAACAUUAAUUAUUGUUUGAUCUGAAAAUAAGUUUUAAAUGGAGCAUAAUGUUUAAUAUUCAGAGGAUUACAGUUGCCAUAAUGUUCUUUUUUAAAAUGUCAAGAGGAACAGAGACUUUGGGAUAUGAACAUGGCAAACCAGUCUUUUAUCGUUAGCUCAUGUAUUUGAGGAAGAGCAGCUGUCUUUUAUAUGUUUUUGAGAAAUCAUAUUGUAAUUCUUUUGUACAAAAAAGUAGUACUUGUAUUCUAGAAGAAAUAUUGAAUGCUUAAUUUAUAAGCGGGCUGAGGCUUUUUUUCUCUUUUCUUUUUCCCAGUAUUGUUUUCGUUGAAAAUGAAAGGGGAUCAUCUCUUGAGUUGCGGGAAUUGGGAACUUUUUGACCGAUUAUUUUGUGGACCAAUAUUUUGGGAAAAGCAAAGGCAGGGGUAAAGCAGGGCUUCUUCAGUCUCAUCUUCGCUUAUACCAGCAAUAUCCACCUCUUAAAACAGACAAAUUGCAUUUUGCAAAACUUCUGUCAACACACAUGUCCAUUGCUUUAGCCCCAGUAAUCUCAGGACUUGAUUUAAAGUAUAUUUAAAAUUAAAAUAAAGAGCAGAGAUCUGAUAAGUUUCCAUGAGUAAAUGCCAUCCAGGAAAUAUUUGCUGUUGGGUAAUACAUAAAACAAUGUGGAAUUUUGUUUAUUUUCUUUGGUCCAUGUUUUGGAAGUUUCUGCUUUGGUGUUUUUUGGGGGGAGAACCCUUCUACUCCAAUAUAAUUCCAUUUAGAAGGCUGUCCAUUAAAUAGCAUGUUCCGUUCAUAGGAAGAGUUACAUAAUCCCUAAAGUAGAGCUGCAGCAUAAAAGAUCCUUGCAAGGCACCCUUUUUCCACAUGGGAAACAAUUCCGACCUUCCUAUCUUUACAGUUAAAAGCACAGAAAGGACAACCUUUUGAAAUCAUGUGAUGUUAGUCCAUUUACAUUUUAUUACCUGUUUUAAGUUGCUUGUCUGGGAUUUUUUGUUUUUUGCUACACUGUAAAUAUUUUGGGAAGUACUUUUUUUUUUGCUUUUUUUUUUUGCCCUUGUUCCAGUAUACGUUAGAUGUGAACCGCUUCCCCUAAAAAGCACCAGUAUGUUACAUUCUGAUGUCAUGAUCCCACAAUGUGUUACCUUUUAAUCCUGUUUUUCAUUCUUUUCAUGUGUACAGCAGUAUUUUUAAUAAAGAAUUCCAGAAAUAACAA